UACACUAUGUCCGUGUCCAACACACUCCAACUCAACUGCUGGUUUGUAGAGGAUGAGCCCAGUCGCAUCUUCAUAGUCAGAAUCAAAGGAACGCAAGCUGUUGGUGACCUGCAGGAACUCAUCAAAAGCAAGAAGUCACAAUUCCGAAACAUAGAUGCUGAUGCUCUCAUUGUUUCCAAGGUCGCCCGCAAAAUUGAUUUGAUGAACGACAUUACGAGGCCUGAGCCUCGCCACCUCCAACAACAUGAGGUCCGGAGGUUGCAUGCCUGGUUCCCCCUGUCGGAAGUGUUCAAUACCCAACCAAACGUUAACCAGCUCCACAUUGUCGUCUCUACAAUAGAACUUCCGGCAAAAGAUGAAGAUUACGGUUAUUUUGAUUGACUAUUAGGAUGCGGAGGCAACUUUGUAAAGGACUCUUUAGUAUAAUGGCACUUGUGGCGAGGAAACACGAUAUCGUACUAUAAGCUGCAGGCUUUUGUCUGACGGCCCUAUGCAAUCUAGGCAUUGUGGAGUGGCUGUGUCAAGAUCUAGGUUUGCUGCUGUGCGGAGCCUGUAGGAGGAUUAGGAGAUUUUUACACGCAUGUGGAAUGGCUGUGUCUCACCAGUUU